AUGGUGUUUGGUUGGGUGAAGCGUAUCUUCUCCGGCGACUUGAGCGAGGAAUCCAAGACCAAGUCCGACGUCGACUCCAUUCACAAAGAAUCACAAAAUAUAUCUUCGGGCGAUAAGAGGACGGAGAGGAAACAUAUAAAGGAGCAUGGCCGGCGACAACGUGCUCGUGAAAGCCAGCUAUCGCGGGACUUGCAUAAGGAGGACUCGAAGUGGAUCGCGAGGGGUGGCUUCAGCUUCGGAGGGGGCGGUGCUUAA